CUAUCCGGUUUCAAUGGCGUGGAAUGUGAUGAAACUUUCACUGAAAGAUCUUCGCAAUCUAGGAUCCAUGCAAUCGAUGUUGGUGGAACCACAACGACGAAGAGCGUCAGCAAAUCUCUUCAUAAGCACCCGCAGGAUGUAGAAAGCGGAGACAUCGACAAACCAGGAGCCGGAUCGAAAUAUUACAAAGACGCGAUAAUGUCUAUGGGCAGCCGUUCAAAACGCGGCGUUGCAGGAAUGUUAUCAGACAAACGCAAGGGUGCAGUCAGCGUAGGAGCUCUGGUGAGUGAGGACGCGUUUGACGCCGCUCGAAACUAUUUAGUUAGCGACGAUGUGGUCAUCUUUGAUGCUGAAGAAGACGCUGUUUCGGAGGUAACUGCCGAAAACCUCAACUUUUCGUCGAAAAGGAGUGCGCAUUCUUCGUCACCUAUCCGCGAUGAACUGAUUGGCAUUCUCGAUGACAGCUCGUUCUUGGAGAAUGCUUCAGCGUCGUCCAGUGUAGAUCUUUUUUCUUCUCACGACGACUGUAUGGUGGUGAAGUGCAAACGAAAUUACAAAGCAAAUACAGACGUCAGACGUAAACGAAUUCGAGACUCAGACGAUGAUGGAGUUUGUUCGAUCGAACUUCCAUCGCUCUCAUCCACAGUACCUGAAUUGCCUCUGAGCCGCGACCGUUCAUUCGUUUCUGGUCGCUCUCGUUCUUCUACUGAUUCCGUUUGGAUUAGAGUAACUGUCAAUAGCUGGGUCGCUGCUGUGCCUAUUGAACCAAGCCAAUAUUCUGAAAAUGUUAAAUGGCUAGAAGAUCAAGUUGCACUUCGUUACUAUGAACGGCACAAAAAGAGGCCGUUUCUGACGUUGUGCACCACUGACGGAGCGGAGCUGUCGAAGUCUGAUCCGAUUUCUUUGGUAAUCGAUGAAUACUCAGAGUUGAUUGGUAAGGUGGACCGCUGGGAGUUGAUUUCGUUAGAAGAAUCGUACGUGGAGAAUUGCCGUCAGAUGAACUUAGAGGUUUAUCCUACCAUGAAAACCUUAAUGACAUCAUUUGAGUCGAGUGGUGUCGUCAGCUUUACGCACUUCAGUCUCCAGGGCGAACUUUUGCACUGCGUUCUGCGAUCGUUCCAGGCUGAAUACAGGUAAAU